AUGCGAUUCUCUCGUCUUCUCAAAUCAUCAAAUCAAUCUCUUCCGAGUCCCAAUGGAGUAUAUAUUGCGACCAUUCUACCAUCGGCACUUCAAUUCAGAGAGACGCGCUCCCUUGAAAUAAUACGCUCCAUAUCACUUCCACCUGAACUCACAGCCUCAAUAACAUCAUUCAUAUGGUCGUGCUCUUCCAAUCGCCUACUCGUAGCGUCUGCGGAUGUCAUACGCAUAUUUUCCCCAAGUGACAAUCGCUUCUCAGCCAAGAUUACAAGUCCGACCUCAGGAUCUACGAAAACGACCUUCAUUUCAUUUGGAGGAAACGACGAUGAAGUCUGUAUCUUUUCAGAUUUUGGUUUGAAGUUGACCAUCUUUAAUCUGGCUACUUCGAAGUCAGUGGAUAUUACCUCUCCCAAGCUCUUCACUCCUGCUACUGCUGCAAAAGGAUUCUCACAUCGUCCGCGAUCCGGAAACUUGGCUCUAUUGACGAGAAUUGGUGGGAAAGACGUGAUUAGUAUACACAAAUUGGGAAGCUUGGAGGUUAUAAGAUCAUGGCUGCCAGAAACGAUCGACGCUCAAGAGAUAACUUGGAGCCCAGAUGGAAAAUGGAUAACAAUAUGCGAAUCUGCUAGCCAAGGCCACAAGUUGCUGCUUUAUACAGCCGAUGGUCACUUGUAUAAGGUUUGGAAUGGCCCGACCCCGAUCCUCGAGGAAGAAAAGGAUAUUGCUUUAGGUGCCGGAAUCAAAAUGACCGAAUGGAGUCCGACAGGAACACACAUUGCUAUUUCCGAUUUUAGUCGGAAAGUUGUGUUAUUGGCUGCUCCAGCGUUCUCGGAAUCUAUGUUGUUAUCCCACGUACCUUCUGUAAACCCUACAGAUACGCUACACAUUUGGAUUGAACAAUUUUCGCCAUCUCCUAAUGGAGGUUUCACUCGAGAAUUUGUUCGAGGAAAACAGCCGACAUUGCCUCCAGAAGCAACUGCCAUUCCAACUGCAGAGCCAAAGACUGGCACCAAUAUGAUGGCUUUCGAUAUUUCUGGCACACUACUAGCAACCAAAGUUGAGGAAAUGCCAUCAGCAGUCUGGGUUUGGGAUGUUGGGUCACGAUCACUUAGAGCACUGUUGAUAAUGCACUCUCCGGUAGCUAGGGUGACUUUCCAUCCUAGUGUCAACGAGCUUUUGAUGGUUAGAUGUGAGGGCGAAGAUAACAAGGGCCGAAUUCAAUUAUGGGACCCAUCUUGGGAGGCUCCGAGAAUUGUUAAUUUCGGCAUGCAAAUGUCCGAGGGUAAAAUCAUUGGAAAGUCAAUCAUCAAGUGGCUCAACGUAGCAUCUGUAUCCCCUUCCAUUUUCUUUAGUGAUUCGCAAGACUGCAUCCUCUUAUCGUUGUCUAAACUAGAGGAUACCGAAAUGGUCCCUUGGCAUGAAUCGGAGGCAAGGGGAGUCGAUAUUUACGGUCAAACACAAGAGUCGCCCUUAAACCUCGUUGAAGGCGAUGGCAAGCGACAUUUCAAACGCGUCAACGCGGAUGAUACCGCUGACAAUGAUAACACAUACAUGGACAUGAGCGAUGGGAGUGAGGAGCUCGACGAUACCUUUUAUUUUCGCAAAACCUAA